ACCGCCACCUCAAACACCCCUUUUUGUAGCUGUAUUAAAACCCCACACACAACCAACCUUUUCCAUUUAAACCACCUCCCCUCCCCCUCCUUCUUUCAAUCACUCUCUCUUCAUUCUUUUUCUUUUCUUUUCUUCCAAAUGGAGUCUCUCGUCACCGUCUUUGUUCGGCUACUGCCGUACAUUCUUUCCUUUGCAACAUUUCUCAUCUUCAUUGAACAAAUCAAUUACUUAAAAAAGAAACGCUCGGUCCCGGGGCCGAAUUUAGUGUUACCCUUUUUCGGCAACGCUAUAUCACUAGUACGUGACCCGACGUCGUUUUGGGAUCUUCAAUCCACCAUGGCGAAAUCCUCCGGGUUAGGAUUCUCAACCAACUACAUAAUCGGCAGAUUCAUUGUUUUCAUUCGGUCAACUGAACUUUCCCACAAAGUCUUCAAUAACGUUCGGCCAGACGCUUUCCACCUCGUCGGCCACCCGUUCGGCAAAAAGCUAUUCGGCGAGCAUAAUUUAAUUUACAUGAUGGGUCAAGAGCAUAAAGACUUACGACGUCGUAUCGCUCCAAAUUUCACUCCUAAAGCUCUUUCUACCUACACUGAGCUUCAACAACAUAUCAUCCUCAAACACUUGAAAUCAUGGGUCGAUUCACCGGAUUCCGGGUCCAACCCGUUUCCUCUCCGGUUACUCUGCCGGGAUAUGAAUUUAGAAACGAGUCAGAACGUUUUCGUCGGCCCGUAUUUAAGCGGCGAGUCGAGAAAACGAUUCGAAAUCGAUUACAACUUCUUCAACGUCGGGUUGAUGAAAUUGCCGGUGGAUUUACCGGGUUUUGCGUUUCGUAACGCGAGAUUAGCGGUUUCACGGCUGGUGAAAACACUCGCUGUGUGUGCAGAAGAUAGUAAAACGAAGAUGAAGUUAGGUGAAGAGCCUACGUGUCUCGUUGACUUCUGGAUGCAAGACACACUUCGCGAAAUCGCCGUUUCCGAAGAUUCCGGCGAGAAACCAUCGCCGCACACCUCCAGCACCGAGAUCGGCGGCCACCUGUUUGACUUCCUGUUCGCGUCGCAAGACGCCUCAACUUCGUCACUACUCUGGGCCGUCACGUUGCUCGAUUCGCAUCCGGAGGUUUUAUCUAGGGUUAGAGAAGAAGUCGCCGGAAUUUGGUCGCCGGAGAGUGAUAAACUAAUCACUGCGGAGGAGCUGAGGCAAAUGCGGUACACAGAAGCGGUGGCGAGGGAAGUUAUCCGGUACAGAGCUCCGGCGACCCUGGUCCCACACAUCGCCGGAGAAGAUUUUCCGUUAACGGAAACCUACACAAUCCCCAAAGGUACAAUUGUCUUUCCGUCGGUUUACGAGUCAUCAUUCCAAGGGUUUAUUGAGGCGGACCGGUUCGACCCGGACCGGUUUAUGGAACACCGGCAAGAGGACCGGGUUUAUAAGAAGAAUUACUUGGCGUUUGGAGCGGGGCCCCACCAGUGUGUGGGGCAGAGGUAUGCAAUUAAUCACUUGGUUCUCUUCAUCGCGAUGUUCACUUCAUUGUUUGACUUCAAACGAGAACGAUCGGACGGUUGUGAUGAGAUUGCUUAUGUCCCCACCAUCUGUCCACGUGACGAUUGCAAAGUUGUAUUGUCACUUAGAUGUAGACGAUUUCCAUGUCUCUCGUGAGUGUAAAAACAUGUUGGUGGUUUGUGUUGGAGUUAUACAUUUGUUGGAUUGUGAUUAGGUGAUCAGCCAUGGUGACUUGUGGUUAUUUGUUACAUGUGGAAUGCCCCGUUAUUAUUAAUUUUUUGGUUAAAUGGAUUGAUGAUUGUUUCAAUAAGAUUCUAGAAUUUCAUUAUAGUA